AUGGCGAAUUUCAGCAGAGGUGACACAUACAACAUUCCCACUGCCAAUGACCCCGACGCAGACAGCACUAUCGUCUACACUCUAGAUCCCGCCGACCCUUGGUUUGAGGUGGACCCAAACACUGGCCAGCUAAGGGUACGCGAAGACUGUGGACAGAGCUGUGUCAAAAUACAAGACUGCUAUUAUGGAGAGGUGACAGUGUGGGCAAACAACCCGGACAAACCGAACGUCCGGGCAAGUCUUCAGAUUAGGGUAACUAUGCUGACCACGGCGACGACAGAUAAGAUCGACAGCCCAAUAUCCGCGUCGGACCCUGAUUGGGGAGAUAGCGGUAAAGUCGAUUACACCAUCACAAACUCAACUCAUUUCGGAAUCGACGGAGACGGACAAAUUUACGUCAUCACUCCCCCUGAUUACGAGAGUUCAUCCGGAACUAGAAUCUGUAUACAGGUGGUCGCACGAGACCGAGGAACUCCCGCGAGAUCAGCAUCGACUGUCGUUUGCAUCGACGUAACAAAUGUUAAUGACAAUGAUCCUGUCUUUGAUGACAGCUACAAAGCAACGGUGUAUGAUAGGGACCCUGUUGGGAAGUUUGUCGUCAAGGUAACGGCGAGGGAUGCCGAUCCCGGCACUCUGAUCACUUAUGACCUGGAGACACCGAACCCUUACUUUAGAAUUGACACCAACACAGGGAACAUCACCGUUGCCAAAACAAUCGACAGAGCAGAUAUAAUAGCUACAAGAGGAGGAAGCAUUGUGUCAUUACGCGUCAGGGCUAGCGAUUCCGAGAAAACCAGUACAACUCAACUGCUGGUAAACGUGUUAGCAAUGAACGAGCACACACCCCGGUUCACCAGAGACCAGUACGAGGCUAGCGUGGAUGAGGAGACGAUCAGCCCUACUGUUCCGGUCCUCACCGUACAGGCUGAAGACGAGGACCUCCCCAGAGAGCCUGUCAACUAUUUCUUGCAGGCCUCUAACUAUUCAGAUCAUUUCGAAAUAAAUUCGGAGUCAGGGGCGAUUACACUGGUACGAAGCAUUGAUCGGGAGCGCCUGAGCAAUGACACUAUUAAGCUGAUUGUCGUUGCGGUAGAUAGCGGCAAUCCGCCUCCAAGGAGAUCAUCCUCUGCCACAGUGCUCAUUCGGGUCAACGACAUCAACGACAACGCUCCGCAUUUCGAUCCCAACGUGGCGGAAAUACGAAUGAUGCAGAACUUUACUGCGGGGAUUGUUCACAAUCUGCCUCAGGCUCGUGACGCUGACCUCAACCCUCAGAUCGGCUACCGGCUGUCCGAAGGGGCCAGUCACUACUUUAAUCUGGACUCAAACACUGCCACACUGACCACCCGACUCGGCUGUUCGAACUGUGUGAGGAACCAGGAUUACAAGUGGACAGUGAUCACAGUGACCGCCUUUAACCGGGACAAACCGGAUCUAACCAGUCAGCUUCAGGUUACCGUGUAUCUACUGGCACUUGGCAAUUCUACAAGUGAACCUAGAGUCGAUGAAGUUGUCUUCACCGAAAAGAUUUUCGUAAAUCGCGAUCGGGUUAAGAUAUCCGACACUGUGUUUGUAACAGAGAAAUUUACAGGGAAAUUGGGCGCCAACUACUCAAUUGAUGCAGAUAAUCAUACUCUAUCCGUGUUCGCUGUCACAGAGGGGGGCGAGGUCAUCCUGUCGAACAUGCCACCGCCAGAGAAGGAGACGUACAACUUCAAGAUCCGUGCUGUCAACAUGGAGGGCUCCAAGGAAAGCAUGGUUGUCAAUCUGCUGGUAACGUUUGUCGAUGACCCAUACCUGGACGACAAAGGAGUCAUUGCGAUAUCUGUCAUCUGUGCCAUCGCUCUCCUCAUUAUAAUACUGGUUGUAGUACACAUCAUCUGGUGGAAAACGCGUCACAAGAAAGACAAAGACCAGGUGAUGAUGGGUGAGGAUGUACCACGUGGCUGUUGUUGUGGGAAGCCAUUGAUCGCGGUGCCUGUGUCGAGAUUCAAUGGAGAAUCCAGUAUGUAA